AUGCCUGUUUUUGUCCGUUCAGUCUCCGAGGAAUGGCUCCACACAGGCGACUUGGUGCUUCUGAAAGUCUACUUGCGGGACAGCGAGGGAUACGUCGAGGCGGCUACGAACACACAGGACACGGGCUACAUCCGCGGCUCGGGCAUGCACGCGACGCUGGAGGUCGAGGGCGUGGACGACUUCCACACCGGAACUGUAGACGUGCGCGACUUUAUUUUCGUGGUCGUGGAACAGCUGAGCUACAACGCCCAAAAGGACCUGCUGAAAAAGAAGAAACAGCUGUACCAGGAGGGCCUGGACCCCUCCAGUGCGUGCCGGCCACCACAGGCCAACCCAGAUAGUCCCAGAACUGCGAACAGACUCCGGUUGCCCCCUGGGCCUGUCGAUCCGGGCCCUGCAGUCUACGCACUGCAGCUGCGCAGCCUCGAAGAGCGCGCCAAGAUGGAGGCCGUGGACGGGGAUGCCUCCAAGGGCUCACAGCUUGGUCCUCGGGGCGGGGUGGUUUCUUGGCGUUUCCGUCCCUUCACCCUAUCGCAGCCAGCUUCGGACUUUCAGGAAUGGAUCCACUUGCUAACACAGGCCUGA